AUGCUCUUGCCCUUGUCACGCCCCCAUUUAAUUUCUGCAUCUUCUUAUAUUCCCACCCAAUUCUAUUCCAAUUCCCAUCCCUUUCUUUCUAUGGCUUCACCAAAACCCAAAUCAGGGAAAAGACUUGGAGAAUUUCUAAAGGAGCAACAAGACCCUUUCAUCCUAGACCUUUACCUUCUAGAAAGAGGGUACUCAACCAGUAGAGAAUCGGUCAAGAACAAAAAGAGAGAGCCUCUGUCCCAAUUUUCCAAACUUCUAACUACUCUACACAAGAAGCUUGUUUUCCACCACCGUAACUGUAUUGUAAUCAGGGGCUCAGACAUCAUAAACGAACAUGUCCAUCAUAGUGUCCCUCGUGAAGCCGAAAGCAGUGAUCAAACAAUUGAAGACACAGAUCGUUUCUCAUUCUCAACAGCCACCAACUCAACCGUGUACCUCUCCUGCUCAGACAUUGACGAAGACGGAACCUCGGUGUCGCCACAGAAAGACAGAGCUUUGUUUUCUCCAAACUCUUGCCAAGCUUCAAAUAUUGUACCACUGCAGAGCCAGCAGACUACCGACAAUGAAAAGCACCAGCAGAGAUGCUUAGAAGGAAGCCCUGUUCCAGAUUCUCGAAGUAUUUCUGUGACGGACGCGACGUUGAAUCAGGAUGUUUCGGGAAUGGAAGAGAGAAGGAGCAAUUGCUGUGUGUUUGUACCCAAGAAAAUGACGGAGGAUUCUGUGUUAUCGAUGGCUCUGUGGAGUUCUCUUAUUCAGUCAGCGAAGAGAGAAGAAAAGUGUAGGAAGGAGUUGCGAGAAUUCCUUGGGGUAAACGCAAACGUUUGCCACGUGUUGAAAUCUAAAACAUUUUUGCAUAAGCUAAAGCAGGUGCUGUUUUAUUGUGUGAGAGAAAUUAGUGUAAAUGUUUCGAGAAAAGAAUGUAGAGAACAACGUUGCUUGAAAGAAUCCAGGGGACGCGAAGAGUUGGGGAAGAUAAUAUGGGAGAAGACAAGGGAAUUAUGUGGGAAUGAGACAAGUCGAAUAACCAACUUACUGAGCUUGGAUUACUUGGAUUCCAUGGAUGAAUGGGGUGAGUUUAAGCCUCAAGUGAGACAUAUUUGCGUUGAGAUUGCGGAAGAUGUUUUGGAACGCUUGACCAAGGACAUUGUGGCAGAUAUGUUUGAAGUUUACUAA